CCAACGAUUUUGGUUUCUUCUGCAUUCUCAUCGUAUAAAACUCCGUUCUUUCUCCCUUAUUCAAUACAGCCUCUCUUUCCUCCAUAAUCAUCGAAGUUUCAGAAAAAUGUCAAAAGAAGAAGAGGCGUACGUAGGAUCCAUUGACCAAGGCACCACCAGUACCAGAUUCAUCAUCUAUGACCGCCAUGCCCGUCCUAUUGGAUCUCACCAGGUCGAGUUCACUCAGUUCUAUCCCGAAGCCGGAUGGGUGGAACAUGAUCCGAUGGAGAUAUUGGAGAGCGUGAGGGUGUGUAUGGCAAAGGCUCUGGACAAGGCAACAGCUGAUGGCCACAACGUGGAUGGUGCAUUGAAGGCGAUUGGAUUGACCAAUCAGAGGGAGACAACUCUUCUUUGGAGCAAAUCAACUGGGGUUCCUCUUUACAAAGCUAUUGUUUGGAUGGAUGCUCGUACCAGUUCUAUUUGCAGGAAACUGGAGAAAGAAUUACCUGGAGGGAGAACCCAUUUCGUAGAGACCUGUGGUUUGCCAAUUAGCACUUAUUUUAGUGCAGUGAAGCUUCUAUGGCUGAUGGAAAAUGUGGAUGAUGUCAAAGAAGCUAUCAAGAAGGGAGAUGCUCUGUUUGGAACUGUAGACACAUGGUUGAUCUGGAAUUUAACUGGCGGUAUAAACAAUGGAUUGCAUGUUACGGAUGUUUCUAAUGCAUCAAGGACGAUGCUUAUGAAUCUUAAAACUCUAGACUGGGACAAAACUACGUUAAACACCUUAGGGAUAUCGGUGGAAAUCUUGCCUAAAAUUGUUAGCAAUUCAGAAGUAAUUGGAAAAAUAAGUAAAGGUUGGCCAAUUACUGAUGUACCCAUUUCAGGAUGCCUUGGUGACCAACAUGCUGCAAUGUUGGGUCAAUCUUGCAGAAAAGGUGAGGCGAAAAGCACAUAUGGAACUGGUGCCUUCAUCCUUCUAAACAUAGGUGAAGAGAUAAUUCUGUCAAAGCAUGGACUCCUCAGUACAUUAGCCUUUAAGCUUGGUCCAAAAGCACCAACAAACUAUGCUCUCGAGGGAUCCAUUGCUAUUGCCGGAGCUGCAGUUCAGUGGUUGAGGGAUAGUCUUGGGAUAAUAAGUAGUGCAAGUGACAUUGAGGAAUUAGCAUCCCAGGUUGAGAACACAGGUGGGGUAUAUUUUGUACCUGCUUUUAAUGGAUUAUUUGCUCCCUGGUGGCGUGAUGAUGCUCGUGGAGUUUGUAUUGGAAUCACAAGAUUUACGAACAAAGCUCAUAUUGCUCGAGCUGUGCUUGAGAGCAUGUGUUUUCAAGUGAAGGAUGUCUUGGACUCCAUGCACAAAGAUGCUGGGGAGAAGGGGGAGGUUAAAAAUGCUCAAGGGGAAUUUUUGUUAAGAGUGGAUGGUGGUGCUACUGUUAACAACCUCUUAAUGCAGACUCAGGCUGAUAUAUUGGGAAGCCCAGUUGUGAGACCGGCUGACACUGAGACAACAGCUCUCGGAGCUGCAUAUGCUGCUGGUUUAGCCGUCGGAAUAUGGACAGAGAAGGAGAUAUUUAACUCGGAGGAAAAAUCUAAGACAUCUACUUCAUUCCAUCCUGUACUAGAGGAGGAACUGAGGAAGAAGAAGGUGGAGUCUUGGUGCAAGGCUGUUGAAAGAACUUUUGGCUUGGCUGACCUUUCUCUUUGAACAAAUGUAAUCACGUUCCUGCUUCUUUCUGUAAUUUUUUCUUGGCUGUCCAAAUACCCUUUAUUUAUUGAAAUGAAUAAUGAUUAGUAAUUGUAAAUUUUUGACUUUGCAACCAUGAUGAUUAAAAUUUUGAGAACUUAAAUUUCUUAAUCUACCAACUCAUUUGU